GCGUAGCCUAGCUAGUGGCGACGCAUGUACGCGGUGCGACCGAGGCGGCUGCUGUUCAAAGCAAAGCAAACCAGGGCCUCGAUUACUACCACUCCAGCAAGCAAAGCAAAGCAAGGCACCAGAUGAGAUGGAUGGAUGCAAAUCUAAUCAAGUUUUGCGCAUCUCGGUCACCCUAUAAAUCCUAGCUGCCGCUGCCUACCUCCACUCUCCAGUAGCUCACCACUAGCUUCACUCUGCUCGGCUAGCAGCAAGCCAGCUAGCUCCUCGCCUCCUCCUCGACACACUGCUAGCAGCUUCUCCUCUCUUUAAAUAACAGAGCGCCCAAGCUAGGUGACACUAGAACGUCGCAAGCUCCGGCGCCAUGGCCACCUCCACCUUCUCGCUCUUCUUCCCGCCGCUGCCAAGCAGCAAGGGCCAGUGGCCGGUGGCUGAGGAAACUGCCUACUCGUACGACGACCACAGCACCGUCACCACCCUCUCUCCUUCCUCCCCGGCCUCCUCUGCUUCCUCGGGAUACCUCGUGGACUGCACGCUCUCCCUCGGCACGCCGUCGACACGCCAACCCGAGCUGGACCGCACCAAGCACGGGGCUCCGCCGCAGGCCUACCCGUCCGUGUCCGCCGGGGCCGAGCCCUGCUACUACCACCAGCAGCAGGGCAGGGGCGGCGCCGCCGGGCACGACCAGCUCCUCGACCGCCGCUGCGCCAACUGCGGCACCGCGUCCACGCCGCUCUGGAGGAACGGCCCCCGCGGACCCAAGUCGCUGUGCAACGCGUGCGGCAUCCGGUUCAAGAAGGAGGAGCGCCGCGCGGCGGAGACCAAUGCCGGCGGCGGGUGCGGCUACGUCGCGCAGCGGGCGCACGUGUCGGCCCCUCGCGCCGUGCCGUACGCGGAGGAGGCGCUUCCUUACGCCGGCGCCGUCGACGGGCCGUUCCUGGCGUGGCGGCUGAACGGCGUCCCGCCGGCCCCGGCGUUCUCGGCGUGGCCCGACAGGCAGCACGGAGUGUACCAGUACAACUAGCUAGUAGUACUAGUGACUAGUACGUGUAGGUACGUGGUUAGGGCAUGGAACGCGGUUGGUGGGCGCUGCAACGUUUUUUUGGGGAUUUUGUUGGGGACGUACGGUUGCACGCGGCCGGUGGGAUAUGCAUGUGCAGUAGUGCUAGUACUGUAUUUUGUCUGACAUUAUCGUUGAGCAAGCCUGCUAAACAUAUGAAUUACUAUGAAGUACUAGUACAUGCCUUGUUUCA